AUGGCGCGCCUACUGUUCGUCGUGUCGUUCGCCGUCCUGCUGGCGGUGGCGUCCGCAGGACAAUCCGUCGUGACGGGACCCAGCAACCCCGCGGUCAACCUGGACAAUGCCAAGGGCGCGAAUGGCGUGGCUACGGAGGUCCCUCCUGGCAUCGAGAAGGCGGCGGCCGCCGGCGGGCUUGACAAGUUUGAGGGCAUGACCAUCGUGAGCCCGAGCACGGACAGUGUGCUGAUGGUGGACGUGAAAGUGGCCGGAUGGAACAAAAUGAAGUGCCACAAGGACCUGGGCAAGCCCGGGGACGGCGCGUGCACGCCCGCCAACUGCAGCAAGGGCGGCAUCGCCGCCAAGUGGAAGACAUCGAACCUGCUCAAGAACAAGCUGGGUGUGGAGGUGUACGUGAAGGGCAACCCUCUCACGCUCAAGAAGGCGUCCCCGCAGACGUGCUGCAACACGUGCGCGGGAUACGCUGGCUGCACGUACUGGCAGUACAUCCCCGACAUCACGAUCGACGGCAAGAAGACGGAGGGCGCGUGCUACCUGGUGCACGACAACAUCGACUACUCGUGCGGCGAGCUGACGGCGCAGUACGCGACGGACUCGAAGCCGGUUCAUCUGCAGGUGCGCACGGGCGGCGAGUGCAACCCCGCGGGACACAUCAAGGACGACCCGCAUCUGGUGGGCGCGUACGGCACGCACUUCGACUUCAACGGGCGCCCCGACAAGGCGUUCUGCCUGCUGACGGACAAGGACCUGCACGUGAACAUGCUGCUGCGCGGGUACUACUCGGACGACACGGAGAAUGCGGCUCUCGUUGUGGACGGCAAGGCCGUGCACACGUGGAUCAAGGAGCUGGGCAUCGUGUGGUUCGCCAACGGCGCCGACCACAAGGUGCGGCUCGCGGCGCGCUCUGGCAAGAAGCAGGAGCGCGGUGAUGGGUUCAUGAAGACGAUCGAGAUCGACGGCGAGGAGAUGCCGAGGAUGAGCGUGGGUGACGAGGUGACUACCGAGGGCGGUCUGACUCUGCGAUUCGCGGCUCUGGAGAAGGAGGGCCCGUAUGACGUGGACUACUACACGCUCGUCAUCGACGGGCUUGUGACGCUCGACCUGCGUCUGCGUGUCGCCAACCCCAAGCUGCAGACGCCCACCGAGGCCGAGGCGCACAUUAAUGUCGGGAUCGUUGAGAUGGAGCACACCGACGACGUGCACGGCGUGCUCGGCCAGACGUACCGCCCCGACCACGCUGCGCGCGCCGCCGACUUCCAGAAGAUGAUCGCGACCCUGCACCGUCCGAUCUCAGCAGAAAGCACCGAGGGUGCUGGGUUCCUGGACGGCACUCCCCGUAUGUACGAGUCGAGCUCCGUGCUAUCCGUGGACUGCGCGUACACCGACGAAUCUCGCCGUCGAUUCCUCACCUGCUCUGCGCGCGCACGGAAAAUCGGCGCUGAGGAAGUUUCCGCCGAACGCUCUUCUCCUUCCGCCGACGCAAAAACAGCUGCAGACGGGGAGAAUGUAGCUGAGAAUACGGCGGCGGGGGAUACGGAGAAGAAGGCGGAGGAUGCAGGGAAGAAGGCGGAGGAUGCGGGGAAGAAGGCGCAGAAGCGGGGGAAGGAGCUGGAGAAACGCUUGCGCCGGUUGCGGGAAGUAAUGGCGGAAGUGGAUGGGGGGAAGGGCGUCGACGCCUUUAUCAUCCCGUCGGAAGACCCGCACCAGAGCGAGUACAUGGCGCCGUGCUUCGAGCGCCGCGCGUUCAUCUCGGGCUUCACGGGCUCCGCGGGCACGGCGGUGGUCACGCGCGAGCGCGCGCUGCUGUGGACGGACGGGCGCUACUUCCUGCAGGCGGAGCAGCAGCUUCCGCCGGGCUGGGACCUCAUGCGCGCGGGCAUGCCCGGCGUGCCCUCCGUCGCGGACUGGCUGGCGGAAGCUCUCCCCGCGGGCAGCCGAGUGGGGGUGGACCCGGUAAGUGGAAUGGAGGAUGGGAAAAAGGGGCGAGUGGGGGUGGACCCGUUUGUGCACUCGGCAGACAAAGUGAGGGGCCUGGCGGACACGCUUGCAGCGUGCGUAUGUGUUCAUCCUUCCCCCUCUUCUUUCCCUCCCCCCUCCCUCUUUCGCCUUCAGUUUGUGCAUUCGGCUGAAAACGUGAGGGGCCUGGCGGACACGCUGGCAGCGUCGUCGUCCGUGGUGGUGCCGCUGCUGCGCGAGAGCAACCCCGUUGACGUGGUUUGGGGCGCGGAGCGCCCCCCGCCCCCAUCAGCGCCCAUGAGGGUGCACCCGAUCGAGUUCGCGGGGCAGACGGUGAGGGCGAAGCUGCAGCAGCUGCGGGCGGAGAUGAGAGACGCCGGUGACACGGCGCUGCUGGUGUCGGCUCUGGAUGAAGUCGCAUGGCUGCUCAACGUGCAGCUGCAGGCGGAGAUGAGAGACGCUGGCGCCACGGUGCUGCUGGCGUUGGCUCUGGAUGAGGUCUCAUGGCUGCUCAACGUGGUGCCACAAACGGCCUCCCUGCCACACGGGGCUCGCCUGUGGCUGGACCCUUCCUCCGCCUCCUCUGCGGUCCUCUGCUCUGUUGAAGCCGCCUGCGCUCAGUACUACGAACAGAGAGCGUCAGGGAAGGGAGGGUUUGGGGGAAAGAAGGGGAAGAAGGGCGAGAAGGGGGAGAAAAAGAGCAAGGAGGGGAAGGGAGGGAAGGGGAAGGAGGAGCGAGGGGGAGCAGGCGGGGAGGAAGUGGAAGGGCCGGCAGUGCUCAGCCGAACCACCCCCAUCUCUCUGGCCAAGGCGCUGAAGAACGAGUCUGAGAUUGAGGGGAUGAAGAACGCGCACAUUAGGGAUGCGGUGGCAAUGGCGCAUUUCUGGGAGUGGGCGGAGAGGGCGGUGGUGGAGGAGGGGAGGGCGGUGACAGAGGUGGAGCUGGGGGAGAGGCUCGAGGCGUUCCGCGCACAGCAGGAGGGGUUCCUCGAUACCAGCUUUGAUACCAUUGCAGGUUCGGGCAAGAACGGGACGAUCAUUCACUACCGAGCCGAGGAGGACAACUGUGCGGUGGUGGAUCCUUCCAGGAUGCUUCUGCUGGACAGCGGAGCACAGUAUGUGGACGGCACAACAGACAUCACGCGCACUGUUCACUUCGGGACGCCCUCCGACUAUGAGAAGGAGUGCUACACACACACGCGUGCUGCAGGUGAGGGGUGCUGUGAGGGCCAUAUCGCGCUAGAUUGUGCGGUGUUCCCCCAGGGCACGCCCGGAUUUUCCCUGGACAUUCUGGCCCGCAAGGCAUUGUGGGGCAUGGGGCUGGACUGCCUUCACGGCACGGGGCAUGGCGUGGGCGCUGGGCUGAACCACUAG